AUGGAUGAUUUUACUGAGGAUGAGGAUCAACAAUUCUUUGAUCACAUCAAUCACCAAAGUGAUGACCAAAGCAAUGAUGAGAGUGUUGGCAGACCAACGACACCUCCGUCACCUCCAUUGCAAUAUCACCAACCUAGGUGUCUAGUAGACUUGAACCUUGAACACCUGUCACACUACAUUGAUCGACACAAUUUCGUUCAGCAACCACAUAAUGUACAACCACCAACCGUUGCACUCGAGGUUGGCAUGGCCUUCGAUGAAAAAGCUCAGUGCAUUCAAGAAGUCAAAGAAUACAACAUUAGAAAUCAUUUUGAUUGCAAAACAAUUUAUUCUGACCAGAGAAGACUAAACUUUGUGUGUAAAUCACAUGAAAAUGGUUGUACAUGGAUCUUAGGCGCAUGCAAUUCAAAGAGGCAUAAGAAAUGGAUUAUCAAGAGUAUCAAAGGUCACCACACUUGUCUCGCACCAAUGCUCAGACAAGAUCAUCGGCAACUCGACAAACACGUCAUAACACAGAUCAUCCGACCAAUUUUCAAAACAAACCCAACCGUUUCCAUCAAGAUGUUGAUUGUAGAGAUCAAAAUGAUCAUGAAUUAUACCCCAUCCUACAAAAAGACAUGGUUAGUAAAGCAAAGAGUGUUGGAGAUGAUUCAUGGAAAUUGGGAAGAAUCAUAUGUCAAGUUGCCAAAACUUUUGGGAGCUUUGCAAUCUUGUGUUCCCGGGACUAUGGUCGCUACUCAAACAAAAUCCGUGUUUGAGGGAGGAGAUAUUGUACCGGGCAAAAGAAUGCUUAAACAUGUCUUUUGGUCAUUUGGUUCAUGCAUUAGUGGGUUUGCAUAUUGUAAACCCAUAGUACAAGUAGAUGGUACAUGGUUUUACAGGAGGUAUAUUGGCACAUUAUUGAUAGCUACAGCACAAGAUGGAGCUAACCAUAUCUUCCCAAUUGCCUACGCCAUUGUAGAAGGGGAGACAACUUCAGCUUAG